UUUUCUAGAGGAAUAGAGCAGUUAUGCCGAAGAAAGGAGGGAAGAAGGGAGGAGGAGGAGGAGGAGGAAAGCAGAUGACUGAGGAGGAGAGACUGGUGUUCCUGCAGCAGAAGGCUCAGGCUGAAGAAGAAAGUGCCAAAAUAAAAGAAGAUGUGCUCACACAGUUCCUUAAGGAUAAACUGCAGAAGGAAGAGCGGAACAGCACAGUUAACCUGCACAAGUUGAACCAGCAGUGGCGUUCGAACCUGCGCCAGACUCGAGCAUCAGAGCUGCGUGAAGAUUUCGCAAUACUCAGCCAAACGUUUGAGAGAGUUGUGGACUGCAAGGACAAUGUUAUUAAGUUAUUGGUGUGUGAUCUGAGCGAAGCGGAGCAGCAGUCAGAACUGGCUCACAGGGCUCAUCUCCAGUGUGUGGAUCAUCUGCUGGAGGUACAGAAAAGCCGACUGGCAGCACUAGAGUCACACUGGAGCACCAGUCUUAAGGAACUCAGUACUGAGUACAACACAGAGAGGGAACGAAUUUUGAAGCUGCAUCAGCAGGAGACUGAGUACCUGGAAGCAGCCACCUUUGCCUUAGAACAGCGCUAUGCUGGAAUAGACAGUGAGGCCAGACAGGACUAUCAGAAUACACGUGAUGACAUCAAAAACCGGAACAUUGAGGAGAAGCAUGCGCUGCGUAUCCAGAUGGAAGGCAACGUGGAGGAGUUGUGGCAGCAGUUUCAGCAUGAACAGCAGAAGUACACUGAAGCCACUGAGGAACGACAGAUUGCUUUUGAUUCGCUCCGUGCCACAGACCAGCGCAAUGCUCAGGAAGCAGACCUGCAGAUGAGACACAUGCAGAAACUGCAGGACACCAUCAAUGGUCUGCGUUCUCAUCUGAGCACCAGUCAGAGGGAGAAUGAGGCAUCUGCGUGUGGCCUUCGGGCAGAAUGUGAGGAGGUUUCUCAGAAAGUCCAACAGCUCAGAGCUAAGCUCUGCUCUGCGCAGGCAGCUGAAAGAACACGGCUAGCUAAUCACACUAUAUACAGCGAUAACACAAUUAAGAAACUACAGGAAAAUAUAGGAGAGGGAGAGACAUUGUUACGUCUGGCUGAUGUGUGUCGCAAGCUUGAAACUGAGCAGGAGAAGGUGCUUCCCUUUUACACAUCAUCUUUAUCUGCUGAGGAACUGAGUCAGGAGAAAGCACAUGCUAUGGAGGCAAUGUCUGAAGAGCCAGUACAGACAAUGAUGGACUAUACAGAUCUAGAAAAGUUCUGGCAGCGUUACAACAAGGUUCUACUGGAACGUUUGUGUUUAGAACGGGAGAAGAAGGUCCUCGGAUGGGAGAACCAGCAGCUGAGGAUUCUUCUCAAGCAGUACCUGGAUGGAAUCUCUGUUAACGACGAGAUCCUACAGCAGAGGAACUCACUGCUCAUGUUGUCCUGCCCAUCACUCCAAGCCUCUCCUGCUUCAGAAAGCCAAACACACACACGCAGGACAGUCAUAGAGGCGGCUCAUGUGGUGCAGCGCACGCUGUAG